AUGCCCGGCGCGCUCUUCUCCGAGCCCGAGCCCAACGCGCAGGAGAUGGCCGAGCUGGAGUGGCCGACGUGUCCGACGGCCUCUGCCCAUGCCUCGUUGACCAUCCUUCAAUCAAGCACGACACCCGGUUCAGCACCACCGUCCCUGCUUGCGCCAUCAUCACGCGUGUCUCACGCAUACUCGCGAUAUGAGUGCGACCCCGGCCUCGUCACUUCUCGCCUGCCACUGCCGUCCCAGCACCCCGUGUUUCGUCCGCGACAAGGACUCUCGGACGCCCCGGGUCGUCAUCCACCCCUCAGCACCACUCCGCCGCACAACCUCGACAAGCCCCCGGUCAGCCAGUCCAGCUCGUCCUCCCUCGCCUACCGUGCUCCUUGCCCGACACUCGCAUGCCCACUCGCCCGCCCGCUCACACACCCGCCCUUGGCUUCUCGCGCGCCCCCGCGCGGUUCAUCUCUCCGCCCGACUUGCCCACUCGUUCGCUCGUACCUACUUAUCCACCUGCCUGCGCUCGCCCUCCUGCUGGCUCGCAUGUGCGCGCCCGCUCGCCCGUGGCUUCUCGCACGCGCGCCUGCUCUCGCCUGCCUGCUCUCACCCACCUACUCUCGCCCGCCCGCUCUCGUCCACCCGUUGCAGCCCACCGAGAACGCGGCGCACGGGACGCAGAAGGAAGAAGAGGAGAAGGGGAGGAAGCGAGAGGAGGGAGAAGGGCAUGUGACGAGCAGAAAGAACGAGCACGAAGGCUCAACAAAUGCAGGUACGCCCUCGCUGGCCGUCCUCGCCUCGCCGUCUCCAUUCCCAGUGUCUGCGCCAGUAGGUGUAUCGACGAACGCAAAGCUCGCCGUCUUUCUGGCCACAAAGACGGCACUUCCGCUUUCCGGGUGGACCUCACCGUCGUACCCGCUGCUACACACGGUAGCACGUCUGGCGCGCAAGGCUGCACGUCAGACGUGCCCGUUCUUUUGCUACUGCCGCGCCAGCAGGUGUACCAAUGAGCGAGAAGCUCGUUGUGCGUUCUGCUGGCCAUAA